AUGGGUAUCUCAGUUGAUGUGCGCUUGAUCAGCGGACGAAGGGCGAUCGUGGAGUUAGAAGCAGAUGCUUCUGUGGAGACCUUGAGACAGCGUGCCCAGAGUGCUCUGGCAGUUGGCCGGGGAAGGUUGCUGAACUCCGCAGGUGACGUGCUGAAUGGAACAACAACCCUCACACAAGCAGGACUGCAAAGCGGUGAUGCUUUGCUUCUGCAUAUAAGCCAGGUUCAAGUGAUGGCUGCCAAGCUUCAAUGUGACAUCGUGACAGGGUCUGCUUUUGCUGCGAUCCUGGGUGAUGGACGUUUGGUAACCUGGGGCGAGCCCGACUAUGGUGGCGACAGCAGUGCGAUUCAAGAUCGGCUGCAAGAUGUGCAUCAUGUACAAGCUUCCACCUAUGCCUUUGCUGCCAUCCUGAGUGAUGGAUCGGUGGUCACCUGGGGUGAUACCGAUUUUGGCGGCGACAGUAGUGCCGUGCAAGAGCAGCUGAAGCAUGUUCAGCAGAUUCAAUCUUCUGAUGGUGCCUUUGCGGCCAUCCUGCGAGAUGGAUCGGUCGUCACUUGGGGCGAUGCCGACUAUGGUGGUGACAGCAGUGCUGUGCAGCAUCGCCUGAAGAAUGUGAAGCUGGUCCAGUCCGCUGCCAACGCCUUCGCCGCGAUCCUGGCCGAUGGAUCCGUGGUCACUUGGGGAGAGACCGGCCUCGGUGGGGAUAGCUCUUUGGUUCAAGAUCGGCUGAAGGAUGUGCGGCAGAUACAAGCCUGCUUCUAUGCCUUUGCUGCCAUCCUAGGUGAUGGAUCCGUGGUGACUUGGGGUUUCGAUGCCUGUGGCGGUGACAGCUCUUCCGUGCAAGAGCAGCUAAAGCAUGUCCGACACAUACAAUCUACUGAUGAAGCUUUUGCUGCUAUCCUUGCGGAUGGAUCUGUCGUGACAUGGGGUGAUUCGGAGACGGGUGGCGACAGCAGCUAUGUGCAAGAUCAGCUGAAGAACGUGCGGAUGAUCCAAUCAUCUUCCCAUGCCUUUGCUGCGAUCCGUGCUGAUGGGUCUGUAGUGACUUGGGGCUGCGACGACUCCGGAGGCGACAGCUCUGCUGUACAGCAUCAGCUGAAGAAAAUCCAGCAGAUACAAGCUUCCACCGAUGCUUUUGCGGCCAUUUUGGACGAUGGAUCUGUCGUAGCCUGGGGUGCCAGCGAGAAUGGUGGCGACUGCAGCCCUGUGCAAGACAGGCUGAGGAAUGUAAGUCAGAUCCAAUCUUCGGGCUUUGCUUUUGCUGCAAUUCUGGAUGAUGGCUCUGCGGUCACUUGGGGAAGUGACGACCUCAAUGAUACCACCGCUAGCAGUGUUCAUGAGCAGCUGAAGGAUGUCCAGCAGAUACAGACUUCAUCAACUCACGCGUUUGCGGUGAUCCUGGGCAAUGGAUCUGUCUUCACCUGGGGCUUCGGAACAGAGGAGCAUGACCAGAUAGUUGUACCAGAUCAGCUGACACCCCUCAGCGCUUAG